CUUAAUUUUUUUUAUAUUAAGAAAAGAAACAAAAAAAAAAAAAAAAAAAGAGAAAACUUGGUAUGCGUAGAUGCGUAUUUCACGAGCUUAUAUUGGAUCUUGUGACAACAGAUUUUAAGGUAACACUGUCUAUAGUAGCCUUGUUCUUUUUCUUGUUGUUUCCGUCAUCGCCAGUCCAAUGGAAAAGCUCGAUCACCUCAAACCUGCCGUUGCUUCUCUUUCUCAGAUCAGUGAAAAUGAGAAAAACGGAUUCAUCAACCUUUUCUCCCGCUAUCUCAGUGGAGAAGCGCAACACAUAGAAUGGAGUAAGAUCCAAACACCAACUGAUGAGGUGGUUGUUCCGUAUGACACCUUGUCUCCAUCUCCUGAUGAUCCAGCUGAAACUAAGAAGCUUUUGGACAAACUUGUCGUCUUAAAGCUUAAUGGAGGUCUGGGGACAACCAUGGGAUGCACUGGUCCCAAAUCUGUCAUCGAAGUUCGCAAUGGCUUGACAUUUCUUGACCUCAUUGUUAUACAGAUCGAGCAUCUUAAUUCAAAAUACGGAUGCAAUGUUCCGUUGGUUCUGAUGAACUCAUUCAACACCCAUGAUGAUACAUUGAAGAUUGUUGAGAAAUAUUCCAAUUCAAACAUUCAGAUUCAUACUUUUAAUCAGAGCCAAUAUCCUCGUCUGGUUGUUGAAGAUUUUUCUCCAUUACCAUUGAAGGGCCAGCCUGGCAAGGAUGGAUGGUAUCCUCCUGGUCAUGGUGAUGUGUUCCCAUCUCUAUUGAACAGUGGCAAACUUGAUGCUUUCUUAUCACAGGGCAAGGAGUAUGUGUUUAUUGCCAACUCAGACAACUUGGGUGCUAUUGUUGACUUGAAAAUCUUAAACCAUUUGAUUCAAAACAAGAAUGAAUAUUGUAUGGAGGUUACACCCAAAACCUUAGCUGAUGUGAAGGGUGGUACUCUUAUUUCUUAUGAAGGAAAAGUUCAGCUCCUUGAAAUUGCACAAGUCACUGAUGAACAUGUCAACGAAUUCAAGUCAAUAGAGAAAUUUAAAAUUUUCAAUACAAACAAUUUGUGGGUGAACCUGAAUGCAAUUAAGAGGCUCGUGGAAGCUGAUGCACUUAAGAUGGAGAUCAUCCCAAACCCAAAGGAGGUUGAUGGAAUCAAAGUUCUUCAACUGGAAACUGCUGCUGGUGCAGCGAUUAGGUUCUUUGAUCAUGCUAUUGGUAUCAAUGUACCUCGAUCACGGUUCCUUCCAGUGAAGGCAACUUCAGAUUUGCUUCUUGUUCAGUCUGACCUUUACACCUUAGUUGAUGGCUUUGUUAUCCGGAAUCAAGCUAGAACAAAUCCUGCAAACCCAUCCAUUGAAUUGGGGCCUGAAUUCAAGAAAGUUGGCAACUUCUUAAGCCGAUUCAAGUCAAUCCCAAGCAUCAUUGAUCUUGAUAGCCUUAAGGUGACCGGUGAUGUAUGGUUUGGUGGUGGCAUUGUUCUCAAGGGGAAAGUGAGUAUUGCAGCAAAACCUGGGGUGAAGUUGGAGAUUCCUGAUGGAGCUGUAAUUGAAAACAAGGAAAUUAAUGGCCCCGAAGACAUCUGAGAGUUGCCUGCCAAAGUUGUUUCUAGUUGUUCUCUUGCAAUGGUUACGCUUGUUGAUAGGAAAUCAAAUAAUGUACUUUUACAAGUAUGUGCUUUUUUUUUUUUUUCCUUUUUGAGUUGCGGAGAGAGAUUACUAGUAGUACUUUUUGAGCUCUGCAUGUGAUUAAAAGCAGUAUUCUAGUACUGUUACGAUGUUCUGUGGUUUUGUUCUGUUUUAUGUACUUUUUGCAUUAGCAA